CACUUUUGGCCCUGGUCAGUAGUUUCCAGUCUAGAAACUACAAACAUGGCCAUAUUUGGUGGCGUUUCCAGUCGCACAUAUAUGGCGUAAUUCGCGGAGGGAUCCCUGCUUGUCAGAACCAUGGUGAGAUCGCAGAGAAGGCAGUGAACAGGGAGAUCUAACGUAUAGCUCAAACCCUCAAUAGGACGGAGACGCUUCACCGUGAGGAGGUUCUGUCGCGAACAUCUGGGAAAACAAAUGUUAACUUUCGGAUAGUAUAGACCGCUAGACUGUCUAGCGUUCCUGGGAGCUGGCUUUCAGCUGACUUACUGGCGUUCUGCGGUGGAAAUAGCACAAAAAAUGUCGUCUCCGAGUCCGGGUAAAAGGCGAAUGGAUACCGAUGUGGUGAAACUCAUCGAGAGCAAGCAUGAAGUCACCAUCCUCAGUGGACUCAAUGAAUUUGUAGUGAAGUUUUAUGGCCCACAAGGAACGCCGUACGAGGGAGGUGUGUGGAAAGUGCGAGUAGAUCUUCCUGAUAAAUACCCAUUCAAAUCGCCAUCCAUAGGAUUCAUGAACAAGAUUUUUCAUCCCAACAUUGAUGAAGCGUCAGGAACUGUGUGCUUAGAUGUCAUCAACCAGACAUGGACAGCUCUUUAUGAUCUGACCAACAUCUUUGAAUCGUUCCUGCCCCAACUGCUGGCUUACCCAAACCCCAUCGACCCCCUUAACGGCGACGCAGCUGCCAUGUAUCUUCAUCGGCCAGAGGAGUACAAACAAAAAAUCAAAGAGUACAUUCAGAAAUAUGCAACAGAGGAAGCUCUGAAGGAGCAGGAGGAAGGGACGGGAGACUCUUCAUCUGAAAGCUCCAUGUCUGAUUUCUCAGAAGACGAAGCCCAGGACAUGGAGUUGUAGUAAUAAAGGGUUCCCUCCCAAUCACUCCCCUUCCUUUAACCCCCCCCCCACCCCCACAGAGACUAUAUUUGAUUUCCUAACCACGAGAAAGCAGACUUAUAAUAUUCAUAUUUAAACAAGUUGAUUUUUUUAUUUUUAUUAUUACGACUAAACAAGGAUUUUUAUGGAUAUAUAGCCUUUGGUGUGUUUUGACAGACGCCCCUUUUCCUCUGUAGUCGUUCACAAUCUCUGCUGCAUUUGUUCGAUGUUGUAAAAUUCCUCCCCUUCCACCUGAAGCGUCCCGUUUCUUUGCUUAGACUUUUUUUUUUUCUUUCUUUCUAAAUUUGACACAGCCAGUCAUUUUCCUCCACGCUAAUUGGUAAGAUGUCGGUUGCUCUUUGAAGGCGAGAAGUGCUCCCAUCCCCUCCGAGACAGUAUUUGUAAAAACUUGAUAACUUUUGAGACAAAAGUUGGCUUUCGUUGCAAAUUUGAAACGAGACACGUUCUGCAUAUCCCUCCCCCGUCCCUCUCUGCUGUGCUGGCUGUGUUGCGCACAACUGUUGCUAACUAGAGCAAGGUAGGGGCAGGGGGCAUGCCUCUGUUUUCUUCAGGUUACAAAACUCUUAUUUUAAGGCACACAGCCCCACUAGAUACUCAUCGAUGAAUGCAGGAUACUUGCUAAGCAUAUCUCUGGUAACAUAUACCAAUGAAGAAAAGUCUGGAAUAAUAAGGUCUGUUUCAAUUUAAGUGCUGUGUCGGAUGUUACAUAUUUUUUGUUUCACUCUUUUGACCGUCUCGGUGUUUAAAAUAAGAAGAAAAAAUUAACGGGCAGAUAUUACAAUACAGAUGAAUGCCUGUCUGACCACAGGGUGACAUGGAUUGCUUUGGGUAUCUGAUUUAAGCGUAUUUCGUAUUAAAACACAACAAAACAAAAAAAAAGUCUGUAAUAUAAACCAUAUUUUGGCCUGUUUCUUUUUUUUGUUUUGUUUUUUUAAGAAUAAAAUUAUUCUUACUAGUCAGAAAGCAGAUUGUCCUUGUUGCUACAAACCAGCAUGAAAGGGAGUUUUAAACUUGUGAAGCAUCCCACGCCCAAUGAUUUUUGAGUUUUUGGGUUGAUCUGGCUGAAAAUGAAGAGCGCUUUUUUUUCUGUUUCUUAGGUUUUUCUGUCUUUUUUUUUUUUGGCCUCUACAUACAGGUUAGUGCUUCUCACAUUCCACUGCUCUAUGCCCUUUGCAAUCGGUCCGACCUGUGCUGUGUUGCCCGACGAGUGGUAGUCUGCUUUUACGAAGAAGAAGAAAAAGACAUUUGGGGAAAGUAAAUUUUAGGUAGAAAUUGGUCUCCUUAACCUAAAACAAACCUCUCUGUGUGGUAAGUAAUGAUGCUGAAAGAACAUUACAAGUGCAAACAUAAGUUGUUUUUAUUACCCCAAACCUGUACUCCUUAAAAAAAAGAAAAGAAAUUGUUCACUUUGUGAUAAAAAUAUUGAGGUUUUUUUUUGUUUUGUUUUUUUUUUAAUAAAGUGUCUGCCUACUGUAUAUGGCUCCGGCCUCCUAAAAAAACAACAACAAAAAAAAAAACUGUUUGAGCCAAAACAUUAACUUUUUGACGCUGAUCAGGGUGAAAAUUGGUGCAAAUCCAGAACACUGACAUAUUUUGUAGCUCUGGUUUCCAAGAUGAAUAAUGCAUGCUGUCUGGGAAGUCAUCACGUCACCUUCGGUUUAACCCUCCCGCCCCCUCUUCUGUGCCUCAUCAUUGCAUCAAGACACUCAGCAAACGCCAUGUAUUUAAGAAGCCAUGGAGACGACUUGUUUUAUUCUAGAGAAGCACAUCGUUUUAACUCUCGUCCUUUUUCUUUUCAGGGUGCGAGUUCAUUCUGUUGUGUCUUUGUGCGCCGACACAAAAUUAAUCUGAAACACCCCUGGUUUUAUUAUAGCUGAUGUUUGAAGUACUCUUUGCUUCUGUUCUGCAUUGUGGUUAACCAUGUUUCACCUAGAAGGUAUUUUUUUAAAAAAAGCUGGAAAUCAUGCAGGAAUUGAGCUGUUUUUUAUUUGUUUUGUUUUUUACUGCGUCAGAUAGGUUUGUAGUUGGAUAAACCUACAAAUGAGUUUCUUUUCACUCUCAUCUAGCUGUAGAGAUGCACCCGCUCAAGCUUGUACAGCGAUUUCACACUAGUCCGGUUUUAUUUUGAGGUGCAGUGGUUGCGACGGCUCUGACUUGUACAGAAAGCAGAAAUGUGGCUCGGAUCGCUCUACUGUCAGACUGUUGUUGUGCUCUUGAACAUCCACUCGUUCAGAUGCAGAGGAAUCCCUUUUGUUUUGAGUUUGAAACAGGAGAAUUUUUUAUUUAUUUUUUUCUAAAGAUGUGUGAAUUUCUCUCUCCUGCAGCUGUGUGGCUUUUGGUGAAAACUUUCCUUUUCAAGAUGUUCCACGUGUUACCUUUUAGUUUACGUACUGCUCGUGACACUUGCCUUGGACAUCCUAGGAAAAUAUAUUUUUAAUAUAGGAGCUGAUUUAUCAUGCAAAUGUCUUAAAAUAAUUAAAAAAAAACUACAAAAACCAUCUAGAGUGGAAAUGGACCAGUCAGUUGGCCAGAAAUUGGAAUCAUCAAGUUUCCUUUUGGUCAUCUCUCAUUGAUCAUAAGUGAGUAAAAUACUGAAAUCUCCCCUCUUAAUUAAAUUAAUAAAAUUAAGACUAAACAUUUUUGUCCUAAAAAUGCAUCUGUGCAUUUAUUUAAGUUGAACUGAAAUUAUUUUUAGUGGCUGGGAAAAGCCUGAUCGAUGCAUCUCUACUUCAGAGUUAUUGAUAUACCGGAGCGCUGAGGUUGGUUUGUUUCCAGAAAAGAAUCAUGAAAAAUAAGGUCGACUUACCCAAAGCAUUUUACAUCCGCUGAGCAUUAAGAUGUCUAGUUUUGACCUGACGUAGGUUCUCAUCUUGAAGCUUCUUGGCUGUUGAGGACCGUGAUCUGUGCUCGCCUGCGCACCUUGUUGGAUAGAACGACGGGGAGCUUAAGCCAAACUUUAAAAGCCCCACUCUGUUAGCACAACCGAAGAGUCGUCUGCACAAACAGAUCCCUCCUCUCUCUUUCUCUCUCUAUCUCUCUUUCUCCCUCCGCUUUGUUGACUGUGUCUCCUUCUAACAGUUGCAUGCUUCUCAGUGCACACCUUCACUCAGUUUCUGGUGCUUGUGUGGAUUUUCUAACCCCUUCCAGGCACUCUUACCAUCAUCAGCCCAUUUUUAUCAAGCACACACUGCGUUGAACAUGUAUGUUUGAAGAAAAAAAAAAAAAAAAGGAAAAAAAACUGUAUUUGGUACCUAUUGUGAUACUUGCAGCAUUUAAAAAGACAGAAGGUUUUAUGUUUUGAUCUGUUAAAAGAAGUUCAUUCUGGUCUUAAUUUGUUCAUCUUAUUUUCCCUUUUUGUUCCCCCUCCCCAUUGUGAAGUGGGCAUGCUUGUCAAAAAGACAAAUGCUCUCUGUUAACAGGCUUAUACUCUCAUAAAUAGUUGUGUAUAAAAUAAACUGUUAUAACUUCUUUUUUAAUAAAACAUUGAAUAUGUAUAUGUG